UCACUAAAAUGAGCAGCAGCGUAGGAAAGGUUGUGUGCGUCACCGAUGCUUCCGGUUACAUCGCUUCAUGGAUCGUCAAAUUUCUUCUCCACGGUGGUUACACCGUUAAAGCCACCGUCAGAGACCCAAAUGAUCCCAAAAAGAUCGACCACUUGCUUAAACUCGACGGCGCUAAGGAGAGACUGCAACUCUUCAAAGCAAAUCUACUCGAAGAAGGUUCUUUCGAUUCCGUUGUUCAAGGCUGUUAUGGUGUUUUUCAUACUGCAUCUCCUUUUUAUCAUGAUGUUAAGGAUCCUCAGGCUGAAUUGAUUGAUCCUGCUUUGAAGGGGACUCUCAGUGUUCUCAAAUCAUGUGCUAAAUCACCAUCUCUUAAGCGUGUUGUUUUAACCUCUUCUAUGGCUGCUGUUGCAUACAAUGGAAAGCCACGUACUCCGGAUGUUGUUGUUGAUGAUACUUGGUUUACUGAUCCUGAUCUCUCUAGGGAAUCAAAUGUAUGUGCCUACACAUGUUUUCUUCUGAUGCUUAGAAAUAUGUUUAACAUAUGGAGGGUGUUUUUGUGUUCUGGUAUGGGAAGAAGUGGAAGUGAAGAAACAGUGAUGGAGAAGAAGGAAAGGUGUGAAUUUUUGUUGGCAUGUACAGAGGAUAAUUUGUUUUUUAUUUUUGGAAAAUGGGUGUUAUGUUAA